AAAUUAUCAAAAAUAAAAAAGACUCGGCCACUUACUUUUUAGUAAUUAACUGCAUCCCGUACGCAAUAGAAUUGAGUUUGUGUUUUGUGAGAGAACGUUAUAUUUUUUUUUAACGAAAUUCUAGAAAGUUAACAAAAAUGAAGCAUUCAAGGAAUAUAAUAAUUUUUGUGGGAUUCUUAAGCGUUUGCUUGGUUCAGCAAAUAAACAGUCUGCCGCAAGCUGGCCGCGGUUGGUCUCCUGCACGUCCAAAUGCCACUACCUACAAUAAUCAUUGGCAGCAAAAAUUUCAGACGACGCGAUCAUCAACGAAAAAUCAGCAAUCUAAUUGGCAAUCUAAUGGUGGCUGGAGCUGGCUCCUAGCAAAUAAUAGUGCUCCGGAAAAACCACAACAGCAACAACAACCGCAAUGGCAACAACAAGGUAAUGGUACACGCCGAUUUGUGGAUGGUGCAGCUUAUCAAUCAGAAGGCGAAAGAGUUUGGUUAAAUAAUAACCAAUCACAUCCGUUUAUCCAAGUGCCUGGUUUUGGAAAUCGUCCAAAUUUCGCAAUAGCUAAACAACCGAAUCGAAACAACUCAUUGGCAACAGUUAGUAAUAAUGGAUUCGGUUGGAGAGCGCCACAGCCCAAUUACUGGGGACCUGUUGGCAAUAACUCGUCAACACAAAAUGUUCCUACAACGCAUCAGCCCUUCGGAAACAAUGGCUGGCAAAGAAAUCCCUCAACAGCCGGUACUUGGAAUAUUGGGCGUCCCGCCGCCUAUAAUUCUACAACAGGUGGACAGAAUGCUGGCAAUUGGUAUUCUCCUGCUAAUACAUCAACACCUCCACGCAAUGCGGGUUGGGCUACGCCUAUUAAACCGAAUAUUAAUACAAACUGGAACGGUGUUGCUAGCAAUGGUACUAGUGGACGCGGUGGUGUCAACUCAUAUGCCAAUUGGAAUUCACCUCUCCCGGGUAGUACACUUGUAGCUGGAAAUAAUAAUCAAAGCGCCUUUUUUAGCAGUGGACCAACAGCUGCUGCUCGCAACAACUCAUACUCUGGUUACUCAGGCUUUGCAUCCGUGGGAAACGGAGGCCAAUUACCUCCUGGUAGUUAUGGUGCUAGUUCCAGUUACGGUACGCCACUAGCACCACUGGCUGGCGGAAGUUCGUGGAGCUCUAAUUCAUCACAAGCUGGCUGGAGCUACGCAAAUGGACAACAGCAAUCACAAGCGCGGCCUAUUAACAAUUCGAACCCUUAUGCCAAUUUAUUUUAUUGAUUAUUUAAGCACGCAUAGAAUUUAUUGGAUUUAUUUAUAUUGUCCAUUACGGAAUUAUUAAAUAAAUGUAUAUGUACGUACUAAGAAAAUGAACUCAUCUCAGAAUUGUUCUAGCAUCGAUAACGACUAUCUUUAAAAGACUUAGGGUCGUUUUCUCAAGUAGGUUUUAAAAUUUAUCUGCCCAUAGCCCACAAAAAAAAUUUUUUUCAGAAAAAAAUCUGUUUAAAGUGCAGGUUAAUUCUAAAACCUACAUGAGAAAACGGCACUUAAUUUAUACAUACAUACAGUUACCCACAGAAGUAUUAAUUUUGUUUUUUUCCCCCGAUAUUUUGGUUGUACACAGCUAUAUUUUAAAUAAAAAUUAUCGAAAAACAUUUAUAAUGCAAGACAUUUUGAAUAUCGUGAAAAAAACUAGACAACGAAUACUUCUAUGAGUAACUGUAUGUAUGUAUUUAUUUAUUUUUUUAUUUACCAAGAAUA